UCUUCCUUUUUGCACUUUCAGAAAACCUGAACGCAUGUUGUUGUGUCCUUAAGUAAACAGGCCAGUUUCUUUAUUUCUGUACUGUUUUUGCUGCCAUUUGUCUCAGAAGAGCGACGUUCCUGCAUUUUUCUUUCUUUUUUUUAUUUUCCAAGGCCGGUGAAGGAAUCAGAACUUCAGCCUUUAAAAUGUCACAGGCAACCAAACGCAAACAUGUUGUCAAAGAAGUUCUUGAAGAUUACGUCACACCCACAGAAAACCAGCAGAUUGUGAAGAUCAUAGGGAGCCGUGGGAACAACCUCCAUGAAGCCGUGUCUGCUCAGAAUGAUACCUUCCUAGUGAGCAUGCCCACUAAGUUCAGGAAGAAUAUCUGGAUUAAAAGAGGUGAUUAUGUGAUUGUGGAUCCUAUUGAAGAAGGAGAGAAGGUGAAGGCAGAAAUUAACUUCAUUCUCUACAAAGAUCACAUUCAGUUUCUGCAAAAACAGCAGCUGUGGCCCGAGGGUUUCUCAGAGGAGAAGUCACAGGACUUGACGAGCAAGAAGCAGGAAAAAGAAACCAAACUGGAGGAGGAAGACGAGAUGAAGGAGGAGGGUAGUGACUCUGAAGAUGAUGAGAGUGAUCUAUUUGUAAACACCAACCGCUGCAACUUCCAGUACAGCGAGAGUGAAGAAGAGGACAGUGAAGAAGAGGAGGAGGAGGGUGAAGAACAAAGGACAGAAAAUAGAUCUUAGCAGUGAGAGAAAGGACAAUCAGGACCGUAACACUGCGGUCAGCACAGACUGACCCCAGGAGGACUUUCUGUUGGUCUAUGGAACAGCUCCCCCUGCUGGUCACAAUGAGAACCUGUUGGAGGCUUUAAAUGACUGAACUAUUUCAAUCACUGUACAGUUUAUACUGAAAACAACCUGAGAGUCUGAAUGAAACUUAAAUAGAAUAAAAACAAACAUUUCUAUUGUGUUUUCAGGUUCUCUUUUCUCCCCAGCUUAUCCUACAUGUUAAAACCUAUCUUUAAAACAGCUUUCAUAGUUUAGUUAGCUCUCAAACACAUCCAUGAUAUUCAAACUAUAUGAAGAUUCAUGCCAUCUUUUUCAGCAGACCUUAGCCAACACUGAAAUAAAUCUGUAAGAGAUCCUGAACAAUGAACUGUUUUUGUGAAAAAGUGGUUCUUGGAUAACAGGAUUGUCAGGCUGAGUCGAGGGGUGUGCUGAGAAGCUGAACGUCAUGGUCACCUGGAAGGUAUCAGUCUAACCAACAGGAUGUGUUUACACACGUCUGCAGAUCUCACCUGUGUUUGGAACAAAAGUAGUCUUGGCUCCAGUUUUGAUUGACUUUGUAUUGAAUGGUGUUGACUUUGGAACCUGGUGUGAUAUUGUUGAUCUUUUAUAAUUAAAGUUCUAUAAAUUUA